AUGUCGUUCCUCGAAUCUCCUCUCCGCACGGCUUCCAGAAGCUUGCGGACGGCGAGAUACUUCACGCGCGAUCAGCGGAAGCAAAACCUCCUCCUCACACGCUCCUUCUCCUCUACACUGCGGCGCCAUGAGAUCAACAAAGUCGUGGGCUCUGCAGCCGAAGCCAUCAAGGACAUGAAAUCAGACAGCACGCUCCUGUGCGGCGGGUUCGGCCUCUGCGGCGUCCCCGACACGCUGAUCAAUGAAGUGGCCAAGACACCCUCGAUCACCGGCAUCACAGCGGUGUCGAACAACGCGGGCAUUCCUGGAGCUGGACUCGGCCAGCUCCUCCAGACGAGACAAGUCCGCAAAAUGAUCGCCAGUUACGUGGGCGAGAACAAGGUCCUCGAACAGCAGUAUCUCACGGGCGAGGUCGAGCUGGAGCUCACGCCGCAGGGGACAUUAGCUGAGCGGUGCGCGGCCGGCGGCAAAGGCAUACCUGCGUUUUACACCCCCGCUGCGUUCGGCACGGUUGUGCAGACGGGCGAAAUCCCCCUGCGACACAACAAGGAUGGCAGCAUCGCGGCGUUCGGCAAGCCCAGGGACGUAAAAGUCUUCAACGGCAAGUCGUACGUGAUGGAGGAGUCCAUUGCCGGCGACUACGCCUUCGUCAAGGCGUACAAGGCCGACAAGCUGGGCAACUGCCAGUUCCGACUGGCUGCGAACAACUUCAACGGCGCGAUGGGCCGGAACGCCAAGAUCACGAUCGUCGAGGCCGAGCACAUCGUCGAGGUUGGCGAGAUUGACCCCGUGGCUGUCCACCUUCCAGGCAUAUACGUGUCCAAGGUGAUUCAAGCGACCGCCGAGAAGAAGAUUGAGAAGUACACGAACCGCAAGGAGGAAGGACAGGAGGACAUCAAGGCCGCACUGGGCGGCAAGGGCGACACGGCGUCCAAGCGCGAACGGAUCGUCAAGCGAGCGGCCAAGGAGUUCCAGAACGGCAUGUACGCCAACUUGGGCAUCGGCAUGCCCAUGCUGGCGCCUUCGUUCGUGGACCCCUCGGUCGAAGUGCAGCUGCAGUCGGAGAACGGGAUCCUGGGCCUAGGCCCCUACCCGAGAAAAGGCGAAGAAGACCCCGACCUCAUCAACGCGGGCAAGGAGACCGUCACGCUCAACCCGGGCGCCAGCUGUUUCGGCUCUGAGGAGUCGUUUGGCAUGAUCCGCUCCGGCCGGAUCAACAUGUCCAUGCUCGGCGCCAUGCAGGUGUCAGCGCACGGAGACCUGGCCAACUGGAUGUUGCCCGGCAAGGUCAAGGGCUUUGGUGGCGCCAUGGAUUUGGUCUCCAACCCGGAGAAGACAAAGGUCGUCGCGUUGAUGGAACACACGGAUAAAAAGGGCAACCCGAAGAUCCUGAAGCAGUGCGAGUUCCCCUUGACGGGCCGCGCGUGCGUCAGCAGGAUCAUCACCGAACUUUGCGUCUUCGACGUCGACUUCACACAUGGUCUCACCUUGAUCGAACUCGCCGACGGUGUCACCGUCGAUGAGAUCAAAGCCAAGACCGAGGCGCCGUUCAAAGUUGCCGACGAAAUCAAGUCCAUGCUUUAG